AUGGAGGCUUACAUGGAUAACAUGAUUGUAAAAAGUUUUCCUGACGAGUCACAUACCAAGAAACUCUCCCAAGUAUUCACAGUCUUCAGAAAGUAUAAUAUGUGCCUGAAUCCCAGGAGGAAGAACUCUCAAUGGAACGAAGAAUGCGAGAAAGCUUCCCAAGCCCUGAAGACAUUCCUCAAAGAAAUUCCCCUGUUAACUCGGUUCGACACUGGGGAGCCCCUCUAUCUCUACCUAGAAGUUAGCCACUAUGUAGUCAAUGCGGUCCUGAUAAAGAAGGUUGACCAAACAGAUCGUCCGGUCUACUACUUGAGCAAGGUAUUGCAACGCACAGAAGCCCGUUAUCUGUACACUGAGAAGGUGGCCUUGACAUUGUGUUCUAGAAGGUUGUCAAAGUGGGCAAUAAAACUUAGUGAACAUGGCAUCCAUUUUGAGCCGCGAAGAGCCAUUAAGGGGAAGGCCCUCACUGACUUCAUAGUUGAGUGUACAAAUGCUCUAGGUCUCAAACAUGACCCCAGCCGAUGGAUACUCUUUAUGGAUGGGAUCAUGUAUGCAAAAGGCUGUAGGGUGGGGGUUGUUCUGAUCUCUCCUAAAAAAGAAGUGCUAAAGUACUCACUACGAUCUACCUUCUCGAUCUCUGACAACAUCGUUCAAUAUGAGGCCCUCGUCGCUGGGAUAAACCUUGCCAAGAAAUUGAAGGUGUAG